ACACAUCUAUUCUUAUGAUAGAUCAGCGGUGAUUAAUCCCAAGAUAGCUUUACUAAAAAAUUCAAACAUCAGCAAGACUUCUGUUGCCAGUGAAGUGUUGGCUAUGCCAGCAGCACCAUGUCUAUCAAGGCAGACAGAGAUGAUGUCAAGAACAGCUUGUCCUCACUUCCUCCAGAACUGGUGGAAAAAAUCUUUCUGUACCUGGAUGUGGUGGACCUAGCAAGACUCUCCUGUGUUUGUGUGGCUUGGAGGGAAAUAGCCAAUGUUGACCACAUAUGGCUUCACCACUGUAUGAAGAGGAAGUGGAUGAAAUUUGGUCUCCAUGACAACAUCCUCCAUGAAUCUCCAAUGCGUAAACCCCAGUCUAAUAUAUCUGGAACCUCUCCUUACUUCCAGCUAUUUGUUCCUAAAGAAACUAGACUCUCUCCAAUAUGUCGCUGGAAGAAUGUGUUUAUACGAGUACUACACUUGUUCAAAAACUGGGAGAAAGGUCGAUAUACAAUGCCAGUGACUCUAAGAGGACAUCGAGACCAGGUCAAGGCCAUUGACUGCAAUAGAACCUGUAUUGUCAGUGGAUCAGAAGAUCACAGUGUCAUGGUCUGGAGCCUAGAGAACUGCACUAAAUUACUUGAAAUCAAAGUCCAUUUGGAUGCAGUUACAGCUGUAAUAUUAAAGGGCAAUAUGCUGGUGACAGGUUGUGCAGACAGUUCUGUUCGGGUGCUAGACUCCACAAAUGGUGAGGUGGCCUUUACUUUACAAGGACAUCAGGGAACUGUGGAUCAUCUAGCUAUCAUAGAGGACUUCAUUGUUAGUGCAGGCACAGACAGGAAAGUGAUGGUGUGGUCUAUUACUGAGAGGAAACUUGUACACAUUUUACGUGGACAUGUGGAUGAAAUUGAGUGCAUGGCUCACUGUGGACACACAGUAGUAACAGGGUCUUGGGAUAAAGCUGUGUUGGUGUGGGAUGUAAGGAAACAAGAUGCAGUACAGAUGUUACAUGGACACAGAGAAGUUGUGACUUGUUGUUACUGUAACGGAGACACUGUAGUCAGUGUUGUGACCUGUUCUUACUGUAACGGAGACACUGUAUACUGUCUGGCCUGUACCACAGAUACUAUAGCUUCAGGGUCAUCAGACAGCAACAUCAUUGUGUGGAAUUACGAUGGUAACCACUUACAUACACUAACUGGACAUCUUGGGAUAGUUCGGUGUCUAUAUAUCAACGAGUUUCGAUUGGUCAGUGGAGGGGACCAGAAAAAAAUCAAUGUCUGGGAUUACAGGAGUGGAAAAUUAUUGAAUACAGUUCAUCGCAAUCCAACACGGCUACACAAGAUGUUGGUCACUGACACCAAACUUAUCACGGCCUCUCCGGAGACCCCAGGGACCCUAACGGUCAUCAGUUACUGGUGAUACUGUUGUUAGUACUGACUGGUGACUAGGAUAAGUACUGUGAUACUUACUGUGGGAUGGAUUAGGUUAAACAAGAUGUGACCAUCUGAGUCUGUCAUAUAAUUUAAAAUGUUGAUGAUCCAUAAUGCAGUGCAUAGAUUAGCUUUGAUUUAUGCAUUGAUGUUAGAUUUCAGUAUUCCGUCCACUUGAAUGCCAAAAUUUUAUAAAUAAUUCAAAAUAUACCUUAGUUAUGGUUGUAUGCAUUCAACUGUAUGUUAAAUGUUUUGGUUAUUUAGCAAAUCUUGUCUCAUCUUGUUGUGCAUUUCAAAAAUGCCCACUUUGAUGAAAACUUGUGUCUGCUCGGUAAAUCAAUGGCUUAAAAUGUAGUCUAAUCAGGAGCCAGUGAUGUCCAGAUAAGACUGGUGUAAACUGGACGGUGAAGAAAUUAUAUGAAGGUAGUCCUAAUAACAGAUGCUCUUUUUGUAUUUAGUGGAAGAUUUUCUUACGUUAAGAGUUGGAAGUGAUGUCAUUUGUUUUGGGCAUCUUUGUUACAGAAUAGUCAUUUUUAAACAAAUUAAUCCACAAGUGACUAUUUUUUUUAAGGGAUAGUCAUUAAAAGCAAAUCUAUCCAUUAAUGACUGUCUUUGUUACAUAAAUUAAUGAUCAUUUUAACCACUUUUCCUACAACUGACAAUAUUUAUUAUGGAAUAGUCAUUGUUAACUUAUCUAUCCAUAAGUGACUUUGUUUGUUAUGGAAUAGUCAUACUGUUAAAUUAUCUAUCCAUAAGUGACAGUAUUUGUUAUAGAUUAGUCACUAUAAUAAUAAUCCAUCUAUUAGUGACUUUGUUAUGGACAGUAUAUUGUAUCUUUAUUGUGACUGCCUAUUAAUUUAUCUUUGUAGUGGUUGUCUUUCAUUAAUUCCCUGUUGGGAAGGUCCUGGGGUCGAACCUCGGCUGCAUCUGUCCUAAGUUGUUAAAAAAAAAAAUAGGAAGCAACUGUUCUCUCACCAAACGCUACACAUUUCGAAUGGUUCUGAUUAACUUCACUCUAGUAAGACCAAGGGGUAUUAAUUAUAAACAGUAGACACCAUCUUACUGUAAACCAGUUAUUAUUCACGACAUCUUUUAUUUGCGAUUCUUUGGUUUGGAAUCCAUCUGGGACUACUUAUUAUUGCGAAAGAUGCGACAUUUUACAUAAAUAAUUAAAUACAUAGGUGAAUAUUAAAUUGAUCACAGUGAGAAUCACAUGAGUAAGAGAAGGUUGUGAAACUGACAAAUAUUCAUACAUGUGAAUUAGAGUUGGUUUACAGUAUUUGAAAAUUUUGAAUCUUCAGGAGAGUGUAAUGUCUUAUUUGUGCCAAAGGAAGAAUCCUGAGCUGUACAUUCAGCUCAUUACUGGAGAUAAUAAUUAUUAUUUUAAGUUUAUCUUUCAGGUUUAUUCACGUGUUUCAGUAUGAGUAUUUUUCAGACAUGUGGUAUUUAUUGUAUUUUUUUAAUUUUUAUACUCAACAGCUCAAUAAAGGAAAUUCUAAACAA